GAAGGAAUUGUGUUGGGUCACAGGAUUUCUAAGAAGGGAUUGGAAGUGGACAAAGCAAAAGUGGAAGUGAUUGAGAAGUUGCCUCCACCAACAAACAUAAAAGGGAUUUUUAUGUUUGCUGGUUUCUACUGA